AUGGCUCCCACCAAGCGCUCCUCCGCCCAAACUCGGAGUAGUCAAUCGACCACUGCCGCUCAAAUAACUCGGAAAGGUCUUCUCCGUUCCUCCGAAACCGCCACUGGGAGGAGCAGUCCUAGGAGGGUAGAAUUUCAUCUCCCCGAGGAUCAUACUGAUAAUUUUGAAGCGCAGGAGGAGCCUGAGGCAAUUGAGGUGCCAGAGGCAAUUGAGGCGCCAGAGGUGGAAGAAAUAGUUGAUACUAGCCACUCAGACUAUGAUGAUGCUCCGGAGAAUGACCACGAGAGCUCUGAGGAGGAUGAGGAUGAACCGGAGGAUGAACCUCAAGCCCCCCCCCCAUCUUACACCCAGAAGUCUCAGACUGUCGGAAAGAGACCUCAUACAGUUCAGCCGACUACUGCCAGAGCACUGGGCAAUGCUCGGAGGAAACCAACUGGCGCGGUAGCGGAGGUCAUUGCUUCUUCCAACGUGUCGGUGGACGUGAGGGGAACUCGACCGGGCGCGAAAGUAAUACGUAAACAAGGUCAAGGGAGAGCAGCACCCACUUCAGCACCCAGCCAGAAUGCAUCCCAGAGAGCACUCCCGGCAUCCCAGAGAGCACCCCCAACACCCUCACAGUCUAGGCCCUCUGCACCUGUUUAUGCUCAUGAGUAUACCUCUUCUACGCGCCAUAUCGAUUUUUCCUCGAUGCGCUCUCGAAUCGGGGAGUCGUCCCCCACUUACCGGACAUAUCGUUCUUCACCGCCUAGCGAGGUAAUUGGCGAGAACUCUGUGAGCAGUCGUCAGAUUCCUUCAAGCCAACUUCACGGUCAAGGUAGAUCGCGAAGAGUUUACGAAAUCAAGUACCUUUCCUCAUCUAGGGGGGGGGGCGAGAGUACUCCGACGCCGGAAAACGAGGGUAUUUUGAUUCCGGGAAGCGAGGUUAGUAUUCCGGAGGACACUCACGACGUCUUUGAGAACACUGGCGACAUUCCUUCGAGCCAAUUGACUCAGAGGUCUGUGGUCCCUAACUCUAGGAGUGCAAAUGUGCUGUCAGUGCAGGCUCAGAGGAUUGAGAAGGAGUGUAGCGUGUUAAUCGGGGAGCAUACUCUUCUACAUGAGCCCUUUCCACCUGCAGCAAGACUUUCGUUACUGGUAGUGAGCAUGUGGGCGACUGCAAGUCACCGAGUGGGGUGUAGAGUAGACCUUGAUGAGGUUGUCAUUAAACAGGAGAGUGCCCCUGGAACGAUUACGAGUGCUCUGGAAGCAUAA